GUUUUUGAGUCCGAUAAAUAGGACCACAAAUGACUAUACCCGCUCCGUUCGCUUUCAGAGUAAUCACCCGUUCAUUAUAUAUAUAUUUGGAUUUCUCUCUAGAUUUUCGAAACAGAACACAGCUACUAGUCAGCAGAAAUUUUUAUUUUUCAUCGAGCGAUUUGUCUGAUCACAGUUUGGGUUGUAAACAAAGUGAUAUUCACCGAGCAAUUCGAAGAAACAGAUGGCAUCUUCGGACGAUGAAGGUGAAGUAGCUCCGGGGUAUGUAUCAGAGUAUGAAUUCGUCGAUGACAAGGACGAGCCUAUUUCGUUCGCCGAGUUACCGGUUCACUGGAAUAAAGACCAGAUUCCUGAUGGGGAGCAGAAACCGAUCUUCCUCCGUGGGACAACCGAUAAAGGGCUUCAGAGAAUCUUUAAGCAAGUUGAAGCCUGGAAAUUUGAUCUUUCAGAGGAGGAACCAGAGAUUUUUGUGUUAUCCAAAGAGAAUAACUGGAUCAAGCUUCUAAAACCAAGGAACGCUUUUAUGGAUACAAUUAGGACAAUCUUGAUUACAGUGCAAUACCUACACUUUCUGAAAUGGAAUCCAGAAACAUCUAGAGAAAAUAUGUGGGACCAUGUGUCAGUCCUGCUGAGCUCGUUCAAGCCCUGUCCUUCUGAGAAUGACCUGGUUAAUCAUAUUUCUUUAAUCAAUGAAGCUAUUACAGGGUGUGAAACACUGGCAAAAUCUAAGGACAUUGUAACUGAUGAUGAGGAAGAUUUCUGUGACUCUGUUUGUGCAAUUUGUGACAACGGUGGAUCACUUUUCUGUUGUGAAGGGAAGUGCAUGAGGUCAUUUCAUCCAACCGUCAAGGAUGGUGUUGACUCUUACUGCAAGUCUCUCGGUUAUACUGACGCAGAAAUGGAAAAAUUGGAGACCAUUGAUUUUUAUUGUAAAAAUUGUGAGUAUGAGCAACACCAGUGCUUCGUUUGUGGGGAAUUGGGGUCUUCUGAUGAAUCUUCUGGUGCUGAGGUCUUCCGUUGUGUUAAUCACGAUUGUGGGCAAUUUUAUCAUCCUCGUUGUGUAGUGGAACUUCUCCAUUCGGGGAAUAAAACUGAAGCAGAAAAACAUGAGAAAAAUAUUGCAGCUGGGGAACCAUUUGCAUGCCCCCUCCACAAAUGCUAUGUUUGUGAGGAGCUAGAAGUUAAAUCAGAACCUGACUUGCAGUUUGCCAUAUGUCGGCGUUGUCCUAAAGCAUACCACAGGAAAUGUUUGCCUGCGGAGAUUCUGUAUGAAAAGGAUGAAGAUAAAGGCAUUCCACAAAGGGCCUGGGAUGGUUUAUUUCCCAAUCGUAUAUUGAUUUACUGCUUAGACCACGAUAUCGUCCAAAGGAUUAAAACCCCUGUUAGAAACCAUAUAAAAUUCCCUGGUUUUCAGGAUAAUGAGAAAAUGCAACCAUUAGGAUCAUCUGGCAAGAAGAAAGUGGUAUUGGAGGAAAGAGGUGGUUCUCCAGAUAAUAUUGCUGCAAAGAAAAGUCGUACAAAACCAUCAGAAGGGGUUGAAGUCUCGUCUUCUGGCUUGAAGCAGGGUGAUCUUUCUAAAAAGAGAGUGAGGAAAUUUUCUGGACUGGAGUCUUCCAAAAAGCAUAAAGUAAUGGAUGUUCGUGAGACUGAUAUGGACAAGGGUUCUCUAAAGAAAUCAAAUGAACCUGCCACUUCUGAACCCAAGAUAUCUUUAGGCGAGAAACACAAUUCUCGACCUGUCAAAUCUAACAGGGUGGAGAGAACUGAUGGAAAACUAAAGCAAACUAAGAUGGUUAAGCUUAAUACUGAUACAAAGAAGAGAAUAUCGGCCAUGAUAGAAGAUGCCUCCUCCUCGUUGACACUUGAAAAGAUUUCAAAAAAGCAUAAAGCACCAUUCACGCAUACUCAAUCUUCAAAGAAUGUUUCCAUGGGGAAGGUGGAGGGUUCUAUUGAGGCUGUUCAUUCUACCGUACCAAAAUUGGAAGGAAUCAGUGGUGUUAAAGAUGCUAAAGCUGUUUGUGAUACUGAUCUUCUCGACCAGGUGAUUAAAUGGAAGAAGAAGCUGAAAGUGAAUCUUGUUCCUUUUCUACAUGGCAUGCGCUACCCAUCCUUCGGUCGCCAUUUUACCAAAAAGGACAAGCUGAAAAAGAUCGUUGAUAUGCUCCAUUGGUAUGUUCAAGGUGGUGACACGAUUGUUGAUUUCUGUUGCGGUUCAAAUGAUUUCAGCUGCCUUUUGAAAAAGAAGCUCGAUGAGACGGGAAAGAGUUGCUCGUACAAAAACUAUGACAUUGUACAAGCAAAGAAUGAUUUUAGUUAUGAGAAGAGGGACUGGAUGGGUGUCCAAGCAAAGGAGUUGCCUGAAGGAUCGCAAUUGAUCAUGGGACUCACCCCACCAUUUGGAGUCAGCUCAGACUUAACUAACGAAUUUAUUAACAAAGCACUUGAGUUUAAACCGAAACUUCUAGUACUUAUUGUUCCUCAGGAGACACAACGGUUAGACGAUAAGGAAUUUCCAUAUGAUCUCGUUUGGGGGAAUGAUCAGAUGCUGGCAGGCAAGUCAUUUUAUUUGCCUGGGCCAGUCGAUGUAAAUGACGAACAAACAAAGGAUUGGAACGUGAACCCACCACCACUUUAUAUCUGGAGUCGCCCAGAUUGGACGGACAAACACAAGGCUAUAGCUCAACAACACGGGCACUUAUCCAGGACUGGAGAGAAGUUACAGCCAGAGGAAGAGCACCAUAAUCUUGGCAAAUCUUCCACAGUGAUGGAUGACGAUAGUCACGUGGAUAACAAAAAAGAAGCCGGAGUGGAUGCAAGUUGUAAGAAACGAUUGCGCCAUGACUGCAGUGGAACAGAAGGCGAUAAGAAUGAUGACUGGGGGAAAAAUCAUUCUACAACAAAUUCGAAAGGCACUAAGAAAAGGAGGUUGAAAAGAGGACCAAAUGUAAAACUUACUGAGGAUAAAUCCAUCAGUAGCAGAUCGUCGGAUAUGCCGUGUAUCAGCGAGGUGGACAAAAGCUAUGCACGGGAUGUAGAUAUCAGCUCACGAGUUCAUCUUCAUGGAACAGCGGCUUCAGCUGUAUCCAAUGCCGGACCUGGAUUUCCAUCUUCGAGUGGACAAGAAGUUCCCCGACUAGAUGAGUUAAACCAUACCAGGGUGAACAGUGUGGCGUCUGGAACCCAUUUGGCCGAUACAAAGAGCAUCGACCCUCCAGUUCCAAGACCGGUAUUUCUAGCCAAUACAUUCUACUUUGCUCCUGGUCCUUAUUGCCCAUCUCCAAACAACACUGCGGGUUGGCUUGAUGAAUAGAUAUGCCCAUUUCCAGUAGGACCAACGGUGGUUUAUAGUUCAGAAGCGAUGACUCGUGUUCUUAUUCUGUUUUCUGUGUACAGUUUAACUCAACUGGAGAAAAUGUACUCCACUCCAGUGCUAUGUAAAGUUAGUUGCCUGACUCACAGCAUCUUCAUACAUGUAAUUAUAUGUUUUUUUCUUUUAAGGUUCUUUGCAUAUUUUCUUAGUUAACGGAUUAAUAUAUGAAUUUUGCAUUUCAA